AUGGAACAAAAGUUUCAGGUUGGAAUUUGCAUUAUUUUGAUGAUGGGAUUGAGUUUUUUCAUUGGAAUAUGUGUUUUAUACGUUUGUAUUGUAUGUAUUGAGUUUCUAACAACAAUUGUAUUGUCCGUUGGAAACUUAGAAGCUGCUGUUAGUUUGCUACUUUCAACUCCUCCAAAAAGCUCAUAUUUUUAUGCAAAAGCAUUACGUGCUGUUGCUCUUUCAUCUGCAGUGUCAAAGUCUCUACUUGAACUUGCAGUGGAGGUGGUUGCCGCAAAUAUGGUUAGAACAGACAAUUCAUUAUCUGGCACACAUCUGCUUUGUGCAGUUGGGAGGUAUCAAGAAGCUUGUUCUCAGCUACAAGAUGCCAGAUGCUGGACAGAUGCUGCAACAUUAGCUGCUUCGCAUUUAAAAGGAUCUGACUAUGCAAGGGUUUUGCAAUGGUGGGCUGGGCAUGUGCUACAUGCUGAACAUAACAUUUGGAGGGCACUUAUCUUGUAUGUCGCAGCUGGCGCAUUUCAAGAGGCAUUGGCAGCACUGCGUGAGGCACAGCAACCAGACACAGCAGCAAUGUUUAUUCUUGCUUGCCGUGAAAUACAUGCUGAACUCUUGUCAAGUUUGGAUUUGGAUGACGAAACGCACUAUAGCAGCAGUGAAGGAUAAGUUGGUUAACUUGCCCGGACUGAGUCCUGAAAAUGUAGACUCGAUUGCGGUUGUUGAAUAUUAUGGGCAAUACCAAAGAAAACUAAUCCAUCUUUGCAUGGAUUCACUACCAUCCUCUGAUUAACUAAACUUGACAUCCAUACCUUUUACUUUUAUUUAGGUUAGUAAAGGUGGUAUCUUCUCUUGGUGCUUUCUUCAUAUAUUUAUGAUUAAUUCUUUGUGGAUCCAGAAGGUCUGUAAAUGUACUUUUGUAUUUAUUAUAUUGGAUGAGAUAUCCAUUCAUUCAUUAAAUGAACGCAUUUUGGGAAACAA